AUGGAUCCCGUUCCUGCGACUGUCGAACCCUCUGUCAAGUCUAAAGAUGGCUCUGAACCUCAAGUUCACAUCAGUGAACUGCCCUUGGAUAGAACUCGCGGAGGGUAUGCGUCAUCCAAUCUGCGACGCGCCAAUACGGUAGCACAAGGAGGCAAUAUAAUCAAGCGCAAUUUGGAAUUGAAGGCAACUCGAGACAGGACGGCAACGGCAACUACGGGGGUGCGUGCCAAGGACAGCCAUGAAUUGUUACGGAAAACACCACUGCAACGAUCUCAGACGCAUCGCGGCCCACUCGAGGCGCGUCCGGCCCCGCGCAAAGCAGGUCAUUUUACGGUUGGAAGUGUCGGCCAGAAUGGAAAGAUCUUUCUCAGGCCGAUUGCAAAUCCGCCGCAGAAAGCCUCUCCAGUAGUCCCCUUCUCCUCCGUUGAUCAAGUGAUGAGUGACCGUCCUCAGCCGCAAAAACAAACCCAUCUCCGAGAUGAUCCUUCGCGCUGGUCAAGCUCCCAGCUCUCAGAAUUGCGCCCUCGCGAUACUCCCGAAGUCUACGAAUCCGUUGUUUCCGAAUCGAGACAGUCCGAAUCUCCCCACAAUGUCCAUCAUAGAGCUAACUCAUUCUCGACAAUAUCUGAGCAACAAUCGGUGUCCGGGGUGGGGAAACGUGGCGAGCUGCGCAUUGUGAUUGAUAGAUCUGAGGACCGACCCAAAUCUGCAGAUGGGAAAUCGGGUAACACGGCUCUUGAGGUCCCUAUACCCCAUUACCGGCUCGGCUCACCACGAUUCAACACCGAGGGUAGCGCAGUCCUGCGCAGUUCCGUCUACACGCGAAAUUCAAUGUCUGAUAAUUUUCGGAAUUCGAGCUUCUUGGGUAGUAUGGCGGACCCUUUUCCGACGCAUCUUGCAAGCCCAUACUGCAGAGACUCUUUCUCUCGUCACCGGCCAUCUUUUGCGGUGUCCAUGUUUUCGGGGACUGCGGCCAUUGAUCUUAGUCGAGCUUCGCUAAUCCCCAGGAACUCUGUGGUAUAUGAGCUGAAAGGACCGGUGGAACCGUCUAUUUACGAAAACUUGGUAUCAGAUAUGGAUCGUGAGGCUGUUGUGCGGUAUAUUCCUAGCACUAAAGAUAUCAGUGCUGCUACACCCGCGCGUAUCGUUGCGCAGAUAUCUUCCGAGUCUUUCAUGGACUACGAGCUGGUGUCGGACUUCUUCCUCACCUUUCGAUCAUAUCUUUCACCGAGCCAUCUACUUGCUCUGCUUCUUGCACGGCUUCAAUGGGCGAUUAAUAGACUGCAGGAUGAUGGUCGUGUCAUUCGCAUUAGAACCUUUGCAGCUCUUCGUCACUGGAUUUUGAACUACUUUGUUGAUGACUUUAUCACGAACUAUGAUCUCCGGACCCACUUUUGUGAAACGAUCAACGUUUUAUAUCAGAAUGUGAAAUCCCGGAAGAACGGUGGCAUGAGCGAUCUGAAAAUUCUUCUAGAUUUGAAGCGGUGCUGGAACGGCAAGUGUUCGGUCUACUGGACCUCACCUGAGCUGUGUCGCGCAUGCAACGACCCGGACCGUCCCAUUGAGCCUGGAAGCGCCCAAAUCGAGCUUCCCAAAGAGGAUACCAACCAGCAAAGCUUAGCUGGCACGGUUCCUGAUGCAGACGCGAAUCUUCAUGACAGUCUACCCAACGCCGUGCAACAUGACCGGAACGACUCGGCUACGACUGUACAGAGUAUACCCUUCUCCACUAAAAGCGAUCAAAGCAUGCUAGCCUUGUCUUGUUCUCUACCUCCCAAAUCCCCGAGACGUUAUUCCAAUCCUUAUUUCAAGAGCAAGGGACCGCGACCAGUUCAACUGGGACUCACCAAAACCAGUUCUUCACAUGAACCUCCCCCCACGUCGCCGAUGCAUUCGCGCCACCCAUACCACGGCCACGGACAUAAAAGAAGCGGCAGUUUCUCCGAUUCAGUGCGGGAUGACCGAGUCCCCAUGUUUGGCAUGGAAGUUGGUUCUGGAGGCGCUAGAAUGCCGGAAAUAUUGGAUCCUGUCAGCUUUAUUCGCGGUGCGCUUUACCCUCCCGCGGAGACUUAUAUGACGAUGAUGGCACCCGAGUCGCCUCCGUUGGCACCGCCCUCAAACUCUUCGAAUCCAGAUCGUCGAAGUACACCGGAGGGAGGACCUAAACCAGCCACAUCCAACUCGGGCGUGAGGACGAUCAUUGGGUCGAUAAAACGUGCUCUCCACACCAGGAAUGGUGGUCAUAGUGUUUCUGCUCGGAUUGCCAAUGCCUCGGAUGCUAUCACGUUACCUUCCCGCGGCAAGACUUCGGCCAUGCCCAAUAAUGUUGCCCUGGGAUCUGAGUAUUACCGCGAGAGGAAAUUAGCUGCUGUGCCUAAGCGGCCUGCACGAAUUGACGUCCUCUGCGAGGAGGCUUUGAAGCAUUAUCGCCAGGCUAUGACCAACGAGACGGGGCAAGACACUCAACCGCCUGUCGAGACUUCCGGGCCCCAAGCAGAUUUGGACGAGUCUCCUCUCAAUGUGGCAGAUGCUUCUUCUCCCAAACCAUCCAGGACCAUCGAGUCAAAGAUCAAGAGUGGCUUGACCACUGGCAGCGGUUCUAUCGUGAUCGUCGAUGAUACCGGGUUUGACUUUAAUAACCCUACCAUGUCUGGUGGAUUGCCAGAACCCACGACAAAGAUCAUGGAUCAACAAAUUGAGUCUAGUUUUAACACAAAUGUUCUCUCAGGCCCUCUCUCCCAUGCUUCAACACAAGGAAAAGAUGGAUAUUUGCUUCCGAUCUAUUACAAUGAGCAACGAUCGGAACCAGCCGUCCAGCAACCACUUACAUUGCACACUCCUCAUCCUGCUUCACCAAGAAGAUCAUACUCCAACGAGGGCCAGUCAACUCCUCAAAACAGAAUCUCACUUUCCCUCCGCCUCCGAAAGUAUGCCUCUUUCCAGAGUGGAAUGUCAAGACACCGCCUUUCGAUGGGAAGCUCGGGCGGGAAAUCCGUUGGAUCAAGCAUCAUGCAAGAAUCCCCGGCCCACUCAUCCGGCCCCGCACUUCGCAGACGCCCUGGUGGGAACCUGCGGCAGAUUCAAUAUGCAGAUGAGCUCGAACCGGGCUCUGAUCGUCGUUCAUUUACUUCAUAUAAUGAAUCUCUCGCGGAGACUGUGACUACGACCGAGGAAGCGGCAUCGAGACCUCAGACAACCUUGAUCCCUCCGAACCCUCGCUAUUCUCUUGUUCAACCGAACCAGAACCGAGUCAGGCGCUCCUUUGAAUCUGCUCUUGCUCGCUUCGCGCAGAUUCCCGACGACGAUGAUGGAGGCAUUGAAUCCACCUUGUUGAAGCUUGAGGGUAAGUGGCCAGUUGAUAGGAGUUGCGGGACCGGAAACGAUCAGGCUGCUACUUCUCGUGGACAAUAUGCUGCGAACCGUGAAACUCCUGUGGCUGGAGUUGGAUACGAAAAGGCUAAAGAGUAUAUGACCCCGGAUUCACUUGCUCGGAGACGUCAGACGGACAAAUCAGCUUACUCCAUCGUGGGAGGCCGUCUUGCACCUCCCAGGCCCUAUUCAGACUCCGUGGGGGAAUCUGAAGAGUCUUACAACUCCACGCCUCUGUUGGAGCGUGGAUUGACGGAUGAAUCUAUGAAAGGGCCGCCAAUCAACUGGGCACCAAAUGCUGAUAGCUAUGGCACGCCUCUCAGUCUCAUCUCGAGUCGAGACACGUCCGAGCUGGCAUCCUCACACCCUUCAAUUCAAAUUGUGCGGGAGACCGACAGCAUUCGGCGCAUUCCUCGAGGUGCAACGGUCCCGGAGUCCUCGCCGCAGGACGACUGCCCAGAUACACCCAAGCGCUUGUCUGCUAUUUCUGUUGAUAUGAUAGAUUCACGCGAGGCUAUGGGUGGCCACCUAUCUGCUGAUACUGGCAGUCUGAUCGCGUCGACUGUCGAGAUCCCGCCUCAUCCUCUGGCGCAUCCUCCGUCUCCUCCCAUGACCAUCCAGCACACUGGAUCUUUUGGUUCUUGUGCCUCUCCAAUGGACAAGGUGCUGUUCCAGGACAAACCCCUUACACCCGAUACCUCUCCAAGACGCCGUGAUGUGGAGACUGCCGGCAUACAGCCAAGAAAUAUGCCAAACUUCUCGAGCAAUGUACUUGCCAAUUCCGAGAAUCAGCGGCAAAUCCCGAAUCCAAUCAACACGAGUGGUCCUGACCAUGUUCCAUUCGUUCUUGCGUGUGAAUCUCAAGUUCUUGCUCAGCAACUGACAUUGGUUGAGGUGGCUGCUCUGAGUGAGGUUGAUUGGCGCGACCUAGUCGAGAUGAAGUGGAACAGUAGUGCACAGUGUGUUGUCAGCUGGGCCCAGUUCCUCACUUCAGACGAACGCAAAGGCAUCGAUCUUGUCGUUGGCCGCUUCAACAUUAUGGUGAAAUGGGUUGUGUCUGAGAUUGUUUUGACUCAAGACAUUCACGAGCGGGCGCGCACUCUCGUCAAAUUCAUCCACACAGCAGUGCAUGCCCGUCGUAUGUGCAACUACGCCACGAUGCUGCAAAUCGCGAUUGCCUUGUCUUCCUCCGAUUGCACUCGGCUGCAAAGAACAUGGGAACUAGUCCCUUUGGAAGACAGACGUCUGUUCAAGGACAUGGAGUCCUUGAUCCAGCCGGUGCGCAACUUCAAUGACCUUCGGGUUGAGAUGGAGACAGCCAACCUGCAAGAAGGCUGCAUUCCCUUCAUUGGCCUAUAUGUGCAUGACCUCACCUACAACGCUCAGAAACCAGCGCAAAUCAAGAGCAGCGAAGGAGGAAUGCUCGUCAACUUUGAACGUUACCGCACUGCUGCGCGCAUUGUCAAGAGCCUGCUCCGUUUGAUUGAUGCCAGCACGAAGUAUCGAUUCGAGCCUGUACAAGGUAUUAUCGAACGCUGCCUGUGGAUUGCAUCCCUUUCUGAGGAUGAAAUUCAAGCUCGAAGCAAGCGGCUUGAAUGA